CAGUUUGGUUUCGCGCGGCGACUUCAACAUGGCCGAAGCGCGCAGCAGCUACGCAGGCGGCGGCAGUGAGGGAAAGGGGCCUGAGGGGCCGUCCCGGGAAUCCGUGCCCCCCGGCACCACCGUGCCCAGGGUGAAGCUCCUCGACACUCUGGUGGAUACCUUCCUCCAGAAGCUGGUCGCCGCCGGGAGCUACCAGAGAUUCACCGACUGUUACAAGCGCCUCUACCAGCUGCAGCCUGAGAUGACGCAACGAAUCUACGACAAGUUUAUCACCCAGUUGCAGACGUCUGUCCGGGAGGAAAUCUCCGAAAUCAAAGCAGAGGGGAACCUGGAAGCCGUCUUGAAUGCCUUGGACAAGAUCGUGGAAGACCGCAAGGACCAGGAGGAGCCGGCCUGGCGCCCGAGCGGGAACCCGGAGGCGGACCUGCGCAGCGCCCUGGUGCCCUACUUCCGGCAGCAGCGGGACGCCUUGCAGCGGCACGUGCGCAAACAGGAGGCGGAGAACAGGCGGCUGGCGGAGGCCGUGGUGGCCGGGCGCCAGCAGGUGCAGGAGCUCCAGCGGCGGGGCCAGGCCCGGCAGCAGGCCUGGCAGGCCCUGCACAGAGAACAGAAGGAGCUGGUGGCUGUGCUGGGGGAGCCGGAGUGAGGAGGCGACGGCCGGACCAGGAGCAGAGGGCCGUCGAGGUCGAGGGCCUGGCCUCCGAGAAGCACUGGCAUGGUGCCCAGUCCCUGAGUGGGGAUGGAAUUAGCUGGAGGAUGAGGCCUGUCUGUCCUGCUUUGGGGGCUCCCCUGGGGUCCCCCCCAACACACACACACACACACACACACUUCAGAUUCUUCCCUGUUUUCUUGUAACUAGGACUGUUGGGCAGCUCCAAUCCCAGGAGUUGGGUCCCCGCCUGCUCCUGAGCCCCUCCCCUCCCACCCCCCCACUCGGGGAGUCUGUGUUCGUUCUCCACUGAUUGCCCCCUUGCUGGCCAGCCUGAGGACCCGUGCCAUGUUCUCCCCACAUCCGUAAAUAAACUUCCUGCACUUCCUA